UGAGGCGACGACAAUCACUGUCAAACGUGUUCACUAUUACUCUGACUCUGGUAACGUGACUUCCUGGUAACGUGUUAGGUAGGAAAAGCAGUAAAAAAGUGCAUAUUAAGGGAGCAGAUUUGAAAUAAUAUUUAUACUUAACAAGAAAUAAUUAAAGGUUCAAUGGGGAGACCUAAAGAUUUACGCAUAUGGGAGCACUACCGUACUUUACCAAACAAGUCUGUUUCUUGCAAGCUUUGUAAUAAGGUCUACAAAUUCAGUAAUGCUGCCAAAAUGCUUCAACAUCUUAUCACUUGUCCAAAAUCUCCAGAAACAUUAAAAGACUCUAUGAAACUUAUAAAAGAUAGCUCGUCCAAAACCAAAAUGUCUGGACUGUCAGAGAUAGAGACAAAUGAUUCUUUUAUAAGCCCCUCGUCGUCUGCUAACACUACAAUAAAUGCUGAGUUUCAAGACACCGAUGAUCAUAUAAAAACAGAAUUAGCGAGAGCUAUAUUUGUAACAGGGACGCCAUUAUCGAUGGUGCAACAUCCUUUAUGGAUACAAUUUUUCGAAAAAUUGCAACCAAAAUUUAAAAUACCUUCACGUAAAGCUUUAGCGACAAAAUACUUAGAUAAAAUAUAUAGAGAAAUGCGUUUUGAGUUAAAUGAGGAACUAAAUGCUUGUAGUUACUUACACCUUCAGUGCGAUGGCUGGUCUAAUUUAAGAAAUGAAGGAAUAAUAAACUUUCUUAUAUCAAAACCUCAACCUGCAUACGUUAAAAGUUUGAAUACAGAAAGUAAUCCUCACACUAGUGAAUACCUUAGCCAAGAAGUUGAAAAAGUAAUGAAAGUGUAUGGAGCAAAUAAGUUUCUUGUACUUAUUGGCGAUAACGCUAGAAAUAUACAACACAUGUUGUUCCUCUCGGUUGCUGUGCACAUAUCCUUAACUUGUUGUGCCAAGAUAUUGUAAAGAUACAAGAAGUAACUGUGUUUAUUAUGCAAGCCAUAAAUAUAAUAAAAACUGUUAAAAGGAGUCAACGAUUAAGUUCCUUGUUGAUAAAAUCAAGGCAGGGUGAAGAUUCUACACAAACACUAAAAUUGCCUUGUGCUACAAGAUGGGGAAGUCAUGUUACUUCGUUAAAAAGUUUGAAAGCAAAUAAGAUAGCUUUGCAAAUAUUAACAGUUAGAGAAGAUGUGGUAAUUUCAAGAGAUAUUAAAGAUUUAAUUCUAAGUGAUGAUUUCUGGACGAAGACAGGGGAAUGUAUAAGUAUUUUGGAACCAGUCACUGAAAGCAUAUUUUACUUAGAGAGCGACCAGAAUCGUUUGCAUCGCACAUACAUUACAUUUAGAGAUGUACAAGCUAAGAUACGUUUUGCAUUAAAUGAGAUUUCGACAUUGAGCGAAGAAAGCAAACAGCAGAUUCUAACAUCAGUAUCUUCAAGAUGCAAUAUGGCAAUGAGGCCAAUACAUUUUGCAGCAUAUAUUCUAGACCCCAGGACUCUAGGAGUCGAACUUACUCAAGAGGAAGAACUUAAGGGUAUGGAGUUUAUCUACAAUUUAAGCCAACACUUAAGUUUGUCAAAUGUAAUGGCAGAUUUGGCGUGUUAUAAAGCUAAAGAAAACUUUUGGGCCAGAGGAUUUGUAUGGAGCUCAUUAGAUAGCAUUGAGCCCCUAAUAUGGUGGAAAGGUAUUUGUGGUUCCACUGAGUUAAGCAAAGUAGCGAUUCGUAUUCUAUCAGCUCCCUGUACUUCGGCAGCCACUGAGCGUUCCUUUAGUAUCCAAGGCUACAUACAUAAUAACAAAAGAAAUCGACUUACAACUGAAAGAACUGAAAAAAUUUCAUUCAUUUGUUAUAACUGGAAGCUUUCAUUGAGCAAGUAAAUGAACAUAACAGUUUAGACGAAAUAGAGCCUAUCGAACCUAUACAAUUCAUCGCUUGUAAUAACUCUGAAUCUGACAGUGAUUGACUGUAGUUUUACAUUUUACUUUCAUCUCUUUCUUAAUAAACUCAAAAUCAAAUUAAAAGUUUUUUAUUCUGUAGGCUGCAUAAUAAUAUUGUCUAUGUCCAGUAUAGUGGACGUCUUGCGGCUGAGAUGACGAUGAUGAAGUACAAAAUCAUAAACACCCAAAAAUUUGGGUGUUUAUGGGGUUUAAACCCAAUAAACCCAAAACACCCGGUUUUUACCCACCAGACUUUAAACCCACCCAGGUGGAUUGCCCAUCUC